AUGCACGCCGGCGCCACGUCAGCUCCGCCACCGACGCCGUCGACGCAGCAGUCGUCGGACAAUCCCAUGUCCACGUCAGCUGCUGCAGACACCCUCUCGAGGAUGCUCCACCGUCUUCCACCCACUCUCUCCCUUCCCACGCGCCGCGUACAGCCAGCCACUUGUCCUCCGGUCCCGGUGGUCUCUUUGUCCCAAGCUCGAUCAAACCCUAGUCUCCUCUCCUCGAAACUCGGGUUCUUCCAGCUCACCGACCAUUCCAUCCCUCCCCGACUCGCCGACUCGGCCGAGUUAGAAGCGCUCUCGCUGUUGGACCUCCCCAAGGAUAAGAAAGAAGCCUGUUUUCCGAGGAACUGGCCUGUUGGGUUUGAAGAAGGAGAUGAAGUAGUUGAUGACGAUGACGACGUGGAGGGACUCGGUGAGUCGUUUUGUCUGGAAGAGUCGUGUUACACCGAGUCACCUGAGUUGUCUUUAGCUUCUCUAAGCGAGUUUGCUCGUGCUUUGGAGAAAGUAGGGUUGGAGGUGAUUGAGCUGCUUUGUAGGUCGGUCGGGUUUGAAAGUCCUCUAGGGAAUAAGGGUGACCCGAGCCCGACCCGAUUUUGUUCGAUGAUGUGGGUGGCGGAGGGUUUAUCGGGUAAGAGUAAGACGCCGGUGGCAGGUCGUUUUUACCCGUAUGUGGUAGGGUUGCAGUAUCAAAUAAGGAGUGGUCGGAAGUAUUCUUUGCUUGCGGAUUCCGGUUGGGUCUCGGUGGUGCCACAGGUGGAAUCAGUCUUGGUUACUAUUGGUGACAUUGCUCAAGUAUGGAGCAAUGGGGAGUUGAAGAAAGUGAGAGGAAGGCCAGUUGCAAAUCUGGGAGACGAGGGUAACAAGUCCCGGCGCAUAUCAAUGUCGUUGUUGGUGACUCUUCCUAUUGACACUACAAUCUGCCCUCUUUUUCCGGCAGCAGCCUUAAGCGACGGCGAUCAGAGUCACGAGGAUAUUGAUGAGGAUGGAAAUAGAAGAAAUGUUGAAUUGGGAGAUUAUCAAAUCAAUGAUAGUAUCACUGGUGAUCGCAACAGAGAAAUUGAAGGAAGAGUGUUCGAGUCCUUUUGUUUGGAAGACUAUGCUUGGAGAGUGUAUCAUGAACGCCUGCAUUUCAAAGACCUGCUGGAUAGGUUUCGCAUUCAGAAUUGAAAUUUGGAAUGGUAUAUUAUCAUAUAGAUAACUAGAAAUGCUACGUACACUAUUCGAUCUCGAUUGAGCUUACAAGGUUCUUUCUUUAUUUCAUUCCUUUUUUGUGUCUUUUCUUUUGAGCUAGCUAAGGUUUAGGGUUUAAACUCGAGGUUUGCUGAAUUUUGAAUUAUUUAGAUGUGGCUGAGACGUGUAGUUGAUGAUGCCUUGAAUGUUAAAUGGUUUGUAAUUCCAAGAU